AUGGCGAAAACUUUAGCACAAGGAAGAAAACCUGGAAGCGGCAGAAAACCGGGAAAAGGUAAGACGUUGAGAGAGGGAAGAAAGCCUGGCAGUGGUAGGAGGAGGAGGCAAGAUAUUGCAGGUAAGGAUACUGAUGGCACACAACAGGAUCAGGAAUCGCGCUCCAUUAGUUCGAGGGACAUGGAAGCUGUGGACGCGUUGAGGGAGUUGACACAUAGCCCGUCUUCACAUGCGGGUCAUAAUUCAACAACAGCAGCCGGGGCGACUUCAUUGCUCCCAUCUCUGGAUUAUGGCCACCAGUCAAUAAUGGAACAGCAGCAGCAGCCGCAGCCGCAGCCGCACCACCACCACCACCAACAACAAAGGAUGGAUGUGGUCCCCGCCAAGCCGUUCAUCACUCACAAGAUCCUGCUCUCUUCAACGGGGAACCCCAGCGGCCACAUAAAUUCGAGUUCCAGUGUUGAUCAUAGUUUUAAUCAUAACUCAAAUCACAACCUCAACAACAGCGUCAACGUGGACAUGAACUUUACCAUAAACGGGAGCAAUCAAGACCCGUCAUCAUCUUUCCUGAUGGGACCCUACAACUAUCUGCAACGGCCCUUCACUGUGAAACCAUAUCUUGAUUUGUCUACAAGUUCAGCAGCAUCAAAUCAACCACGGACGCAACCGCCGCAGGCAACACAUAUCACUAAGAAUUCCGAAUCCACAGAGAAAAAUGCAACUAUAUGA